GCAGCUCGCUAGAUAGAGGGAGUGGGAAUCAAGACAGUUGUAAUUAGAUUGCUUUUGUUUUCAGCUGCUAUUCUGAUUACAUAGACGUAGUGUUUCAUUGAUUAGUGGAUAUUUACGUCGUGAAUAUAACAGCCAUUAGGGAUUUACGACACUUGGAUAGUUACGAUCAGAAGAAUACACACAGUCGACCAGCAGAUUUGUCGAUUUCAGCCACACACGAUAUAGCUGAACUUGACUCGGAAGCAGCAGCAUACCUGACAUACUUAUGCCAACUUCAUGGUGGAUUCUUGUUUGUGACUGUUACUGAAUGACCUCUAGGACAAAUAUUGAACUGUUUUUCACACAGAAUGGAUGACAUCUUUACACAGGUUCGGGAAGGGAACGCGUUUCACGUGAGAGUGUGGUUAGACAACACAGAGAAUGAUCUAAACCAAGGAGAUGACCACAGGUUCAGUCUGCUCCACUGGGCGUCCAGAGAGGGACGCACUAACAUUGUGGACAUGCUGAUACAGCGAGGAGCGCGUAUUAAUGCCACUAACAUGGGAGACGACACAGCCCUCCACCUUGCUGCCAGCCAUGGCCACAGAGAUAUCGUACUCAUGCUUCUCCACAACAAGGCCAACAUCAAUGCUAUCAAUGAACACGGGAAUACCCCUCUCCACUACUCCUGCUUCUGGUCACAAGACAUUAUCUCAGAGGAUCUGGUGAACAAUGGUGCUUUAGUGUCAAUGUGCAACAAGUUUGGAGAGACGCCUUUAGACAAGGCCAAACCCAGAAUGGCAAAGAUACUCAAAGACCGUGCUGUUGCCCUAGGACAAGACCUGAACAGAAUUCCGUUCAAGGACAGGAGUUGGUUGGGAUAUAAGACCAGAAGCCGUGAUGCCACGCUGUCCAGGAACGCAGGAAUUGACAUCUCUCAACUGGCCCUCACUCAACAGAUCAGCAACACUCAUUCUGGGAGUGUGUGGAGGGGGACUUGGCAAGGGAAUGAUAUCGUAGCCAAAAUCUUGAAAGUCCAAGAAGUAACAUCACGCAUUGCUAGAGACUUUAUGGAAGAAUUUCCAAGACUAAGAAUCUUCAACCACCCUAAUAUUCUCCCAGUGCUGGGCGCAUGCAAUGAUCCUCAAAACCUGAUUGUAAUCAGCCAGUUUAUGCCCUUUGGUUCUCUCUAUAAUGUACUUCAUGAAGAAACUGGGUUGGUCAUAGACCAGAAUCAGGCCUUGAGAUUUUCUCUGGACGUUGCCCGUGGCAUGGAAUUCCUUCACACAUUAGAACCCAUGGUCCCAAACUUCUACUUAACUAGUCGUCAUGUGCUGAUUGAUGAAGAUCUUGCCAAAAUAAAUAUUGAUGAUCCCAAAUAUAUGCGAGAGGGUGCCGUGAAUGGGAUUGAUGAAGAUCUGACUGCCAGAAUCAACAUGGCAGACUACAAGUUUUCCUUCCAUGAGCGUGGAAAGCUAUAUGCACCUGCUUGGCUGGCCCCGGAAGCAUUGCAGAGAAAGCCCAGUGAGAUCAAUGUGAGGGCAGCAGACAUGUGGAGCUUUGCCAUACUAUUGUGGGAACUAGCCACCAGAGAGGUACCAUUUGCUGAUAUGUCCCCCAUGGAGAUAGGGAUGAAGGUAGCCCUGGAGGGACUUCGCGUCCAGAUUCCCCUGGGGACGUCCCAGCACACCACGCGCCUGGUGAAGAUCUGUAUGAAUGAGGAACCGGGGAAAAGACCACGCUUUGACAUGGUGAUCCCCAUUCUAGAGAAAAUGAAGUUAUCCAGCUGAUUCUCUUUUCUAUCUUUUUAUUUUUAAUAACUUUUGAGUCAUGUCUGCCUUUUGCUAUGAAAAUAGAGAUAGAGAUAUGAUUUUGGCACCAAAAAGAAGCAUAGCAGAAAGGCAGUUCCUUUUCUUUUUACUUAGGUCUGUAUUAAAUUGUAAAAUUCAACUAGAUUUGGUAUCCAUGAAUAGGUUUUUAAAAUAUAUUCAGAGAUGCCAUCCUUAACAAAGGAUUCAGUUUGAUAUAUAGAAUAUUAACCUUCAAAUUACUUUAUGGACUUAUAUUUAGUCAACAAUAAUACAGUUUCUGUUGUUCGGUUGGUUCUGAAGAAAACCAGUUGAAGUUUUUCUCCCAACAAAAAAGUGCUACCUCAUUAUUUUCCAUUUAUACUUUGAAUUAUCCUAAGGAAAAGGUAUUUAUUUCAAUACAUGACUAUAUGGGGUAGAAUUAUUGAACAAAUCACAACUUAAAAGAGACUGUGCUAAAACUUUUGACUGUUAAUUAAGCCAUUGACUGUGUUUAUAUUAUUGAAUAGAAUCACAACCUAAGAUUUAUACAUAUAUUUAUAUACGUACAACAUUUAGUACAAGUUACCCCAGUGUUUAAGGUCUUUGCUGCUGUGUAUAGUUUUAUCAAAAGUUGACCAGCAUAGGGAACAAAGGGUAAUUGUUACUCUUCAAUUAGACAGUAUUGGAUUUCAUUAUCAAUAUAUUAAACAUAGAAAUCAGUUUGGAGGUGCUCACCACAUCAAUUGUAUAUGCCUUGUCACAUUUUAAAAUAAAAAAAAUGCAAAAAGAA